AGUUUUAUUGUGCGAGUCUCACAUUCCAAAAAACCGAAUUCCGAAUGGCGGACUUCAACGGGCUUAAAAGCAAGAAGGACCGUCAGGCAUCGCCGAUGCUGGUGUUCGGCGGUUGCCUGUCUUUCGUGGCUGGUCUGCUUCUUAUAAUGUCAUUUGCGAGUCCGUAUUGGCUGCAGUCAUGGUCCGACACCAACACAUCAUUCAAAAACAUGGGUCUCUGGGAAUUCUGUUUUGAUGGCUUCCGUUAUCCAAAGUUUCAAUAUGACGAGAAGUUCACCGGUUGCCAUUACGUUUUCAGUGAGAAAUAUCGUAUCAUUCGUGAAUGGUUACUUCCAGAGCUGAAAGUGGUGGAUAUGAAAGAUGACACGGUGUUCAGAGAAAAUGUUGACUUCAGUGAAAUCUUUGAAGAUCGUUGCUCCGAAUACUUUGGGCGAUGGCUGAUGGUUGUUCAAGCGUUCGUUUCGCUUGCUUUGAUACCAUCUUUCGGUGCUCAAAUUCUUCUCAGCCUAGUUGUGACCCGAUUUCCUUUAUUCCUGAUGCGUCAAGAAUGGGCAUUGAUUGGUCUCGCUGCUGCCAUGGAAGCUAUUGUCGCCCCGUGUCUGUUCUUAGCCGUCUCAAUUUUCGGUGGAAUGUGCUACAACCGGUCCUGGCUUUUGUAUCCGAAUUUCAACUUUUUGUCAUGGUCGUAUGCGUUUUGCGUGUUCUCCAUGGCUCUUCACGGCGUGUCUGCGUUGAUCCUCUACGUCGAAAUGAAGCGAUCGAAAGACCGUCACGAUCGCAGCAAGAGUCUCACCGUCCAAAUGCAACCUGGUCCUUCCGGUUCCAGUUACAUCUAAACGCAUAGGCCAUUUGCCUGAAUUUGUUAUCCGAGGGGAUUCCUUGAUUCUAGCGAUUUGUAUAUGGUAUUUUAUUAUUGUCGGAGCAAUCUCGGAGGAAAAGUUUUACUUAUCAGCAGUUUUCAGCGAACAGCAAAUUCAAAACAAAGGCAUGUGAUCUUGAAAGAAUCCGUCCUGUAUUGUUGAUCAUUAAUUUUUUCGCUUGAACGGAGUGAGCGAUUAUGCUUUUUUGGUUAUGUUAUUUCCAAGGGUUGUACAUUUUUUAUGCGAAAAUUAGACUUAUGGAUUUUG